ACAAACAGUGAAUUGAUCCAACAAUUCAGUGUCCAGCUACUGUGUCUCUCACGAUUACACUCUGAUUCACACGCUUUCAUGUUUAUUCUCUAAGCUCUUCUGCUGUGGUCAGUUAACUUCUCAGUCCACAAGGGAAGUACGUUCCUAUUCACUUGGCUUGUAAGAAAUCAUACUAGUGACAUACAGUACCUGCGGUAAUUUGACAAACAUUAUAGCACUUCAGGCCUUCAGGCCUUCAAGCAUGAACGAAUAUACGCGUCACCAGGAAUUCUACUUCCAUGACGGAAAUGUGGUGAUCAUGGCAGAGAAGAUUGCAUUCCGAAUUCACCAAGGCGUCCUUUCGCGACACUCAACCAUUUUUCAAGACAUGUUCUCUCUUCCACAGCCCUCCACACAUGAUGAGGGCUACCAGAUUGAUGGCUUGCCCGUCGUGCAUGUCUCUGAUACGGCAGACGAGUUUGCACAUGUGGUGGCGGCCUUGUACGAUGGAGGUCUAAACCUCAGAAAAUCGUCCAAUUAUCAUCAACCUCUACCUUUCUCUGUUGUCUCAGCGUAUCUGCGGCUGGGUUCUAAGUAUCACCUCGAUGCUCUUCGCGAAGAAGCGAUUGAUCGCCUCAAACUCUGUUUCCCAACUCAACUAAAGGACUACGAUCCUAACCUUUUCGAUGCGACAACACCUACGCAGUCUCUACAGCUUGGCUGGAGACCCAUUUCUAUCUCGAGGUCCGACUUUAUUGAGGUCAUUGGGCUAGCUCGCUCAUUUGACCUUCGGUACCUUCUGCCUUCCGCCUUCCAUGCUUGCGUCCGGAUGAACGCUUCACUGGUCAUUGAUGCAGUAGAAUCAAGCCGCAUAUCUCUAGCAGACCUGAAACUGAUUAUGGUUUCGAAGGAUUUCUGCCAUGGGAUAUUCUUGGUGUACUCCAACCUCCUUGCGUUGAAACCUACUAGCGAGAAUUGUGCUGACCCCGUAAAGUGUCGAGAGGCAAUAACGCGCCAUGAGCGUUCUGCUGUCUUCUCAUCAUCGACCGGAUCGUUUGGAGAUUGUCUGGAGCACAUUCGAGAUGAAUCGCAUGCAGUCGAUGGCCUAUGUCCAGCUUGCUGCAGCAUGAGGAAACAGCGUCUGGAGCAAAUCUGUACACAUUUGUGGAAGGGAUUGGUUUCAAUCUCUGGAUUGGAUGCUUUGCAUUAGCUCCCCCAGGAAAGAACAGAAUGAAUCCUGUGGUGGAGAUAACUGGUUCUCCUUCCGCCGAAGUGUAAGGACGGUCGUUGCCCCUUGAUCCUCCUCUGAAAGGGCAUUCAUGGCAUACCUAAUUAGCUGUUGUACAGUAGAAUACAUGAUUCGUGUGAAUGAGAUGUCUAUGAGGUCAAGAACUGCAACC